AUAUCAUAUCGAAGCAAACUAUUACGAAGUACAAACUACCUUAAGUUUAUAUAGUAGUCCAUAAGCUACCUUAAAUCUAAAUUAUCAUACUUAUUGGUCUACUCCUUUUCCUUCUAAUUGAUUUCUUUAAAUUUUGGUAUAGACGAUAUUCGACUCAAAUAGUCAUAUCUAGUUUACCUUCCAUAUACCUUAACCAAUAGGAUUAAUCUAACAAUUGAUCAUAGUAAUUAACAUCAAAAUAAUAUCAUGCAAACCCGUUAAUUACACCAAAGUUUUUAUUCCUUUACGAGCUCAACAUGUUACAACACUAAGGUCCCUCACUUUGUUCAUCCCAACAGCUAAAUGGCUAAAUCAUUACUGUAUGAUUCUGACUAAUCAAACUUUUAACGUAUAAAUUGGUCCACUAUAUCGAUCAGAAGAUCACUAUCAUCAUUUAUGUUUCUCAUAUCAACAUGUUCGUUGUUAGUCCUUGUUACCACUAGUAUUCUCUACUACCUAUAAACCUACCUUUCCACACAUAUUUUCACAUCAUUUUUGUUAAACUCAACUAUAUCUCCCUCUCAAGUCUCAAACAUAUAAUCCCAUAAUCUUAGGAUAGACACCUAAUCAUGGUGGUCGAAGGCGGUGGUGGCCACCCCCGCUUGGUGAUGCGUGUCUUAACGGGGCAAUGGUUCAUGGUGUUUUCCUCCCUCCUAGUGAUGUCUACGGCAGGGGCCACGUACAUGUUUGGGUUGUACUCUAAGGACAUAAAACAAUCCUUAGGGUAUGACCAAAGUACCCUUAACCUCCUUAGCUUCUUUAAGGACUUGGGAUCUAUUGCCGGGGUGCCCUCAGGGCUACUAAUGGAAGUCGCCCCACCUUGGGUGGUUCUAAUCGUUGGUGCUGUCCUCAACUUCUUUGGUUACUUCAUGAUGUGGCUCGCCGUUACUAGUCGUAUCCCUAAGCCUGCUAUUUGGCAAAUGUGCUUGUACAUUUGUGUAGGUGCAAACUCGCAAGCCUUUUCAAAUACUGGUGCACUUGUUACUUGUGUGAAGAACUUCCCCGAAAGCCGAGGAGUUGUCUUAGGCUUGCUAAAGGGCUUUGUUGGUCUAAGUGGUGCUAUCAUAACGCAACUCUACUAUGCAUUGUACGGUGAUAAUGGUAAAAAUUCCACGGCCUUAAUCCUCUUCAUUGGUUGGCUACCUGCCGCGAUUUCAUUUGCAUUCCUACGUACAAUCCGAUAUUUGAAACUUGUACGUCGAAAAAAUGAGGUAAAUGUUUUCUACGAGUUGCUUUAUAUGUCCCUUGGCCUCGCCGGUUUUCUCAUGGUUAUGAUCAUACUUCAAAACACCAAAACCUUCACACGAGGUGAGUACAUUGGGAGUGGUAUAGCAGUUAUUCUUUUGCUCCUUUUACCUCUUUACACCGUGAUUAAAGAAGAGUACAAGGUACAAAAGACGAGUGGAGAGGAGUUGGUGAGUGUAUCCAAUGUUAAUAUUGUGGUAAACAAUGGUGAAGAUAAGGAGCGUGAAGUUAUGGGUGUUUCAAACUCGGCGCCUCAUUCAUCUGUGGUAGAGUUGCCUGAGAAAGAAAGAGAGGCAGACUCAUGUUUUCAAAACAUAUUUCGUUCUCCAGAUCGAGGGGAAGAUUACACCAUACUACAAGCGAUUUUCAACAUAGACAUGCUCAUUUUGGUUAUUACUAUUAUAAGUGGACUUGGUGGCACAUUGACCGCCAUUGACAACUUGGGCCAAAUCGGAAUGUCACUUGGGUACCCGGCCCGUAGCAUUAGCACUUUUAUAUCCCUAGUGAGUAUAUGGAACUAUUUAGGUCGCGUCGUGGCAGGUUUUGGUUCGGAACACUUGCUAAAGAAGUACAAAAUUCCAAGGCCUCUUGUGUUGAGUUUUACACUAUUGCUCUCUUGUGUUGGACACCUUAUCAUUGCUUUCGAUGUUCGAAAUGGGCUUUAUGUUGCGACCGUGGUUAUGGGAUUUUGCUAUGGGGCCCAAUGGCCUUUGCUAUUUGCCAUUAUCUCUGAAUUGUAUGGGCUUAAAUACUACGCAACUUUAUACAAUUUGGGUACAGUGGCAAGCCCAAUAGGAGGUUACAUUCUCAAUGUUAGACUAACUGGCUACUUAUAUGAUAGAGAGGCCCAAAAACAAAUACAGGCCUUGGGCCGGAUCAGGAAAAAGGGUGAAGAGUUAAACUGUAAUGGCCCAGAAUGUUUUCGCUUGGCAUUUUUUGUGAUCACAGCAGCAACUAUUUUUAGUAUGUUGUUUUCAUUGAUCUUGGUUGUUAGAACAAGAAAGUUUUACAAGAGUGAUAUUUAUAGAAAGUUUAGGGAGACAGAUAGUACGGCGGAGGCUGAAUUGGUAGGUGGUGUCGUAGUAUCGGAUGAUGGAAGUAAGAAGCCGGGAAUGAAGGUGGCAAAAGGGUAGGAAAUUUCAUUGUUUAUUGGUAAGAAGGAUCUACUAGGUUGUAACCCUGCACAGAUCAAUAUGAUCCAUACUAGAUGCAAGGAUCCUUAGAAAUGGGGCAGACGAUAAGGAAUUCCUAUCAUUUUAGGUGUACCAUGAAUAUAGUGUGCUCACGUGUAUUAUUAACUCGGUUGAGAGGUGUUAACAAAAAAACUAUUGUAACUACUAAUGUAUUGUAUACUAGUAGUAGACGUAUAAAAAUAAAUUGAAACAUGUUUUAGGAUUGAUGUCAUGCAUAUGUAGUGCUAAUGGUGUAGCCCGUGUAAUCGUGUAUGCAUAGUUAGAUCACUUUGAUCA